AUGGUGAAGCAGACGAUCCAGAUUUUCGCCAGGGUGAAGCCCACUGUCCGGAAGCAGCCGCAAGGGAUUUAUUCCAUAGAUGAAGAUGAAAAAGUUACACCCAGCUUGGAAAUUAUCUUACCUCGUGAUUUGGCAGAUGGAUUUGUGAAUAAUAAGCGAGAAAGCUACAGGUUUAAAUUUCAAAGGAUUUUUGAUCAAGAUACAAACCAAGAGACCAUUUUUGAAAGCAUUGCCAAGCCCGUGGCUGAGAGCCCUCUGCUAAGUUCACCACGGAGGUUCAUGCCACUGAAUCGGUGGAUGUUUUCAGGCCUCUUCCUGUCUGGCCUCUGGGCAGCAUUCUGCAGUGUCACCUCUUUCUUCCUGGCCUCUACAAACAGGCACCGCCGGGAGGUCUGUUUGUCCUGCUCAGUGUCGGGGGCUGAGGUGUGGAAG